CUGUGGAGAUGUCUGUGAGCUCAGGGAAUGGAAAACUGCGUCAGUGGCUGAUCGAGCAGGUGGAUACGGGGAAAUAUCCUGGAUUAGUUUGGGUGGACAGAGACCGGACAACAUUCCGCAUCCCAUGGAAACACGCUGGGAAACAGGAUUAUAACAGAGACGAGGACGCUGCGCUUUUCAAGGCCUGGGCUCUGUUUAAAGGGAAGUAUCGUGAAGGCGUUGAUAAACCCGACCCACCUACCUGGAAAACUCGUCUCCGGUGCGCUCUGAACAAAAGCUCUGACUUUGAGGAGGUUGUGGGUGAGAGUCAGCUGGACAUAUCAGAACCUUUCAAAGUGUAUUGCGUUAUUCCUGAGGGGACUAAAAGAGUUUCAGGAGCAAAGUGUCAUGAGAAAGUGUGUCCAGCGUCAGGUCAUCACAGUUACCCAUCACACCCCUCGUCUGAACCUGUGCACGCUCAGCUGUCUAACUUCCUGUCGGUUGCCGAUAGAAACUGGAGGGACUUCCUGUCAGAGCAGAAUCCACUGUCAGAGAUGCACUCUUCAUUCGCUCCUAGCGCUCACUGGGAUGCUGGAUAUCAAAUCAGCGGAUCUUUCUACAGCAGCGCUUCAUUUGAUUCUCCAUCUCCUCUCUUCAGUCCGGACACCGGCGUCAGAUCACUGGAGACCAUGACACUGUCAGAGCCUCGUCUGCAGGUGACGGUGUUCAGCGGUGAUGUUGUGUUCGUUGAUGUGACGGUCACCAGCGUGGAGGGCUGUCUGCUGCUUCCUCAUGAUGACAGCUGGACCCACGGCAGCGCGGGCGGACCGGAAGCCGUUCCUCUUCCACGCGCUGAGAGAGGAGAGCUGGAGGGAGGAGUUCUGCUCUGGAUGUCACCCGACGGCCUGUACGCCCGACGCUUCUGUCAGAGCACAAUCUACUGCCACACAACGCACAACAACAUCACCAGUAAACUCUGCCAACUAGAGAGAGAUCAAACCAGUAAACUACUGGACACGCAACUCUUCCUGACAGAGCUUCAGACGUGUUUCUUGCAAGCUUGUCCACCUCCACGGUUCCACGUGCAGCUGUUUUUUGAGUCCUGCGGCCCCUCAGCAGACAGAAGACCCCUGACAGUACAGGUGGAGCCGCUGCUGGGACGUCAGUUACUGCUGCUCACCCAGCAGGGGGCGUUCAGUUACAUCAGAAACACCCAUGACCUUUCACCUCUGACCCCUGAUCAGAUUCUCCCCAUCAACCAAGAUUAUCCUGUGACCCACAGCGCUUUCACACAGGAGUCAUUCAAGACACGGCACGAGGAUUCAUGAAGAGAUCAAGAUGAAGUUGAUUCUGAUAAAGUAUUAAAGAAAAAAGAUCAUCGCGGCAUUAAUGUCAUGAAGUCUUUCUUCAGUGGAACACAACAGUAGAUAUUUUGAGAAAUGUCUCCGUGGUUUUGUGUUCAGAUAAUGGAAGUCAACGGAGUUCAGUGUUGUUUGAUGAUCGACAUUCUUCAAAAUAUCUUCUGUUGUGUUCUGAAGAAAGACAGUCACACAGAAGUUUCUUAAGAGACGCAAAAGCAGAAAUGUAACAAUUGUUCUUUAUUUGUAUUGAACAUUUCAUUGUUUUUGAGUCUAUGUUUCAUGGAUUAUUCAUUUUGUUUUAUUAUAUUUUACUUUUUCGCCACACAUUUUUGU